AUGCUCAACCUCAACCAGCCCCUCAACGCCACCACCGGCACGGCCAACGAGGAAGUCUACAAGAUCCUCAUCUACGACAAGUUCUGCCAGAACAUUCUCUCCCCCUUGAUCCACGUCAAGGACCUUCGCAAGCACGGCGUUACCCUCUACUUCCUCAUCGAUAAGGAUCGGAAACCCGUUCACGACGUUCCCGCGGUGUACUUCGUUCAACCUAACCAAUCCAACGUGCAACGCAUCGUUUCGGACGCGACUAAAUCCCUCUACCAGAGUCUCCACCUCAAUUUCUCCACCUCCAUCCCCCGCCCCCUCCUCGAAGACCUCGCCGCCGGAACCCUAAAUUCUGAUUCUAUUCAGCGAAUCUCCAAGGUCCACGAUCAGUAUCUCGAGUUUGUAACCUUAGAAGAUAACCUUUUUUCGCUGGCCCACAAUUCUUGUUAUGUUCAACUGAAUGACCCUUCCGCUGGGGACAAGGAAAUUGAGGAGCUUGUUGAGAAGAUCGUUGGUGGGUUGUUUUGCGUGUUGGCUACUCUCUCUGUUGUGCCGGUUAUUCGCUGCCCACGUGGUGGCCCUGCCGAGAUGGUUGCUUCUGCGUUGGAUCAGCGCAUUAGGGAUCAUUUGUUGUCCAAGAAUAAUUUGUUUACCGAGGGUGGGAACUUCGUGAGCUCGUUUCAGCGCCCUGUGUUGUGUAUUUUUGACCGAAAUUUUGAGUUGCCGGUGGCGGUUCAGCAUGAUUUUCGUUACCGGCCGCUUGUCCAUGAUGUGCUUGGGUUGAAGCUGAAUAGGCUGAGUGUACAGGGGGAGAAAGGUGGGAUGAGGUCUUAUGAGUUGGAUUGUGCUGAUUCGUUUUGGGUUGCGAAUGGAUCGCUGGAGUUCCCGGAGGUUGCGGUUGAGAUUGAGACACAGUUGACAAAGUAUAAGAGGGAUGUGGAUGAGGUGAAUAAGAGGACUGGUGGGACUCAUGGUGCAGAGUUUGAUGGGACGGAUUUGAUUGGGAACACGAAACAUUUGAUGAAUGCUGUGAAUUCUCUGCCUGAGUUGACUGAGAGGAAGCAGGUGAUUGAUAAGCAUACCAACAUUGCGACCGUGUUGUUGGGGGAGAUCAAGGAGAGGUCCCUUGAUUCUUAUGCUAAGAAGGAGAAUGACAUGUUGGUUAGAGGGGGCAUUGAACGGGGUGACCUGCUUGGUGUGCUCAAGGGGAAGGGAACCAAGAUGGAUAAGCUUAGGUUUGCCAUCAUAUAUCUUAUUUCAUCUGAAAGCAUUAAUCCAUCUGAAGUGGAGGCUGUGGAAGCAGCUCUGAGAGAGUCUGAGGUUGAUACUGCUGCUUUUCAGUAUGUGAAGAAGAUCAAGUCGUUGAAUGUUUCCUUGGCAUCAGCGAAUUCUGCCAGCAGAAGUAAUAUUGUCGAUUGGGCUGAGAAGCUCUAUGGGCAAUCAAUUAGUGCAGUGACAGCUGGUGUAAAAAAUCUUUUAUCUAACGAUAGGCAGCUAGCAUUGGCAAGGACGGUUGAAGCCUUGAUUGAAGGGAGGCCAAAUCCUGAAACAGAUUCAUACCUUUCGUUUGAUCCUCGGGCUCCUAAGUCUGGUUCAGGAGCAAGUAGCAGCCAUUUGAAAGGACCAUUUAAGGAAGCAAUUGUGUUCAUGAUUGGUGGUGGUAAUUAUGUUGAAUAUUGCAGUCUGCAAGAGCUUGCACAACAUCAGCAGCCUGCCAAGCAUAUUAUAUAUGGAACAACAGAAAUUCUAACUGGAGUCGAAUUUGUAGAGCAGCUUACAUUGUUGGGGCAGAAGAUGGGUUUGGGCAAUGUUGGUUCUAGUUCUACCUCAGCUCAGUAG